GACCGUUAUAUUUUUUUUAAAACACGAUCAGGAUAUUUAGAUAUUUUGUGUUAAAGGUGUUCCAUCUUCCCCCACCCUACUAUAUAAUAUUCAUUCAAAUCCUUUUUAAAGGCUGUGUUAUGUCAUUUCUGAACUUCUUUUCACAUUGAUAUAUAGUUUGUAUUUAUUAACAUGCGCAUUGUAUUUUCAACUACAUUUAUUUUGUAUUAAACUGUAUUUUUUUGUAGUGAGUAUUCUAACUAGGCAGUUAACUGAAUAUGCAAUAAGCAAGAAAAUUUGUAAAAAGUUGAAUGUAAGGUGCAAGUUCACAAUGAUUGUCUGGGUGAAAAAAGAAACAUUUAGAUGAAGACACUAAAAUCUUACUAUAUUCAGGUAUAUCACCCAAGCUCAACUAUGUAUGCUUUAUACAAGAGAUUACUUCACACUGGUAGCUCUGCAAGCACGAAUGACUUUGUUUUAAAUCUUGGAAAUAUUCAAAAUGAGGAUUACUCUCUUACUCCCUCUGCUGUUUGCUUUAUGCAGAGCAGAUUGCCCACCAGGUUGGCAAACCAGAGGAAGUUAUUGCUAUGACUUUCAGCAAACAUUAAAGACUUGGUCAGAAUCUGAAUCUAUAUGUCAAGCCCAGGGUGGCCACCUUGUUAGUUUUGCUGAUACUGCUGAGAGGGAUUGGGUAUAUGCAACACAAAUUGGACCAUCGGGAGCUAAAUGGUGGAUAGGAUUAAACGACAUAGAGAAUGAAAAUACAUGGGUUUGGAGUGAUGGAACAACAGUAUUGUCCGGUGUCUUUUUAUGGAGACCAGGUGAACCAAGUAACUCAGAUGACAACCAACAUUGUGCGGUUUAUGAAGGAGAUGGGGAAAUAACAGCUAACACUUGGAAUGAUGAAAAUUGUGGCAAUACAAGAUAUUUUGUAUGCAAGUCCCCACUUACUAAUGUCGUGGAGUUAUGUGACACAGAUCGUGGGUUUGUUUCUUCAGGCUCUUAUUGCUACUUGUAUGUUGAUCUGGAGAAAAACUGGCACGAAGCAAAUGACUAUUGUUUUGAACAAUACCACGCUUAUUUAACCUCAGUAACUGACCAAUUGGAACAAGACUUUGUUUAUAACUUAGAAGUAACGAAUGGAAAUCAAGAAAUGUGGAUUGGAUUGUCCGAUACAGUUAUUCCAGGCAAUCUACAAUGGGCAAGUGGCCACGAUGACUUGACAUUCGAUAAUUGGGCAGAUAAUGAACCGAACUUUGCGGACCGAACAGGUAGCACUUGUGUUGAGAUGACACUCGCAAGCACAGGCAAAUGGGUCACUACCAGAUGCAGUAAGGAGAAAAAGUUUGUGUGCAGGAAAGGACAAAAAAGUAAGUCCUAAUUCCACAUUAACCUGUUGUGUUUCAAUACAAACAUAGCAGC